AUGAAAUUAUCGAAAAAUAAAGUAAAGAUAUUGAAAAAAUUGAAACAGGUGAAGAUAGUCGAAAGUUAAAAUCUUUAAAUAAUCCUAAAUAAGAUAAACCUAAAAUUCAUUUUAAAAUAUAACAUAUAAAUUUGUUUGCUUCCUUUUCUUAGCUUAUUUUUCUAUUUAAAUACAAAAGUGUUUCAGUCACAAUAACAAAGAAAGGUAUAAUUAUUGAAAAAAACUAUUAAAACAACUCCUAAAAAAUUAAAAUAAUCUCAAAGUUAAUUUGUUAUCGAAAUAGUUUAAAAUUAAUUAGGUUAAUUAAUUUUUUAUCAAUGGAUUUAAGUAUUUUGA